AUGGCCGAAGGGAACGUCAGCUUCCCUAUCGAAGAGGAUGCUUCAAAAGGCAGCUCCAUCGAAGAAGACGUUUCGAUUGAGGAAUCGUUACCGCUGCUUGAUACAGCUACCGAAGAGGACACUCGAGAGAGCUUUCCCAUUGAAGAGGACUCGUUGCUGCUACCAGAAACAGAACAGCGAAGAGUCUACAACCUAAGACCCGGUCAAAAUUACAGCUCCGUUUUUGGAACCCCUCCACACACACGUCGCAGCCGUGAGCCUCUGCCUACAAGUUCGCUAACCCCUAGCCCUUCCUCUGAAGACAUAUUGUCGAGUGUCAUCGCACUGAUGGCCGCCAUGUUGAUCACCCAGGAACAGUUGGAUCAGACUAUAGCCGCGGCAGUGGCUAGAGUGCUAGCUAUGCAGCCAGAGCCCCUUCAGGGAGCUCAAGGCGAGCGUGGCCCAGCUGGAGCUCCGGGUGAGCCUUCUGCAAGCGGUAGUCGUUGGAAAACAGAGGAGAUCGGGUAUUUUACACCUGAUUCUAGUGCUACCGAGCACAUCAAAACCAUUCGCGGAAUCACCUACUUCCUGAACGUCCACACCUUCCUCGCAGUGUUGCGUGCUCAAGAACCGUUAAAGAAACAAGCUGUGAUCCGAGCCAAUAUCGUGGGAUGUCUCCGUGAUGAAGCCUACGGAUGGUGGUUAGGAGAGCUUUCAGACGACAAACGCCAAGAUCUUAACGAGCUUCCACUCGAGCGAGGUUGGUAUAUCCGUCUAGAACGACGAUUUAAGACCCGUCCGGCCGUACUUGCCGGAGUCUCCGUCGUCCGAUGGGCUCAGCAGCUCUUCCGAGAUGCCCAAGCUGCCCUAGGAACACAUUCGACGCUAGCACAACUUACGGCUGUUUGGCUUCGACUGGAUCCAAACCUCCAACAAGACGUCCCAGAACCCACCGAGCAGACUCUUCGUUCGACAUUCAUAGAAGACUUGGAUCGACGAUACCAGCAGUGGCGGUCUCAAGAAGAGCACCGAAGCGCCCAACGCCAGACCCUUAACCGUCUAAAUCCGUGGCUGAACCUGAACCAGCGCCAAGGACAAUACCAGAAUUGUCUGCCUUAUGUCCAACAACGGCAUACCACGCAACCGUUUCAAGGGCACCCUCCGUUUCAAAACCUGAGUCAGAACCUCCCACGCCGUAUUACAGCUCGUUUCCCAGAUACACAGACCGACAUGCCUCCUUCGCGGGAUCAGAAGCAGAUUGCCAAUCAUCCAUGGGCAGGUUCAAGUUCUCCAGCGGUUGCCGGACCUUCGUCACAAUCCACUCAGUUCCAAAGACGAGCAACAGCUUGGAACGAGGAUGCAGAUACGGGAACAAACAGCCAGCAGGACGUCGAUAGCUGA